AUGUAUUUAUAUUUUCAGUUAUUUAUCUAUUUCUCUAACUGGUUAUUUUAUGAUAGUGUCGAUUGCAACAUGGGAGAUAAGAAUCAAAUUGAACAUAAUAGUGUUUUAUCUCAGUCAUUGGACAGUUUUCGGAAGAGAGGAAUCAUGUGUGAUGUAACAAUUAUCAUUGGAGAAGAAGAAUUUCCUGCUCAUAGACUUGUUCUAUCAGCUGCUUCAGAGUAUUUUGAAACAAUGUUUAAUGUGGAGAUGAAAGAGAAUGUGACAGGCAGAGUUGGAAUGCAAGAUAUUAGUGUUCCCAUAUUCAAAAGUUGCCUUGAAUAUGUUUACACUGGAUUGAUCAACAUUCAUGCUGAUAAUGUUCAUGAGUUAUUGAAAGCAAGUUCACUGCAACAGAUACAAGAUUUGAAAAAGCUUUGUCUGAAUUUCAUGCAAGAGAAUUUGAGUGUGAAAACCUGCAUGGAAUCAUUCAACAUGUCAAAGCUUUAUGAGAGUGAUAAAUUGAGAGAAAGUGUUGAAGGUUUCAUGAUAAAAAAUUUUGAACAAGUCUCAAAAAGUUCCGACUUCAACAAGUUUAUGGAUGAGGCAUUCUUGGGAAAAAUCUUGGCUUCAGAUAAAUUGAAGAUACCAAGUGAGAAGAUUCUGUAUGAAAUUGUGAUGUCUUGGAUCAGGUACGAUUCGGAGAAUCGGGAGGAAUUAUUUCCACAGUUAUUCCAGCAACUGAGAUUGAGUCUCUUUCCUGUGGAUUAUUUGUAUGCUGUCAUGAGUGAGGAAAUCAUUAGAAAAAAUGAAAAAUAUGUGAAGAUGAUACAAGAAGCCAUAGCACAGGUUUAUAUGGGAAAAGUGACUGAAAUGAGGAGAUCUGUUGAUAACUUCAUGGGCAAACGACUUUUAUUGAUGAAAAAAGAUGUGACGUUGAGUGAAAAUGCUAUUUUGAGCUUUACGCCAGAAACAAAUACUUGGAAUAAUUUCCCUGGGGGAUCGGCCUUCUCUGCUGUUUCAUGUGCUGUCAUGGAUAACAAACUUUAUGCUGUUGGCUCCACCCUUGAAAUGAGCAUUUUGGAUUUGAACAAUAAUAAAUGGUCAACUGUUGAUGGUGAUGGUGUGGAUAGGGGAAAUUUUGCUCUUGCGGUUCAUCAAGGCGAUUUAUUUUUGGUUGGUGGUAACGAACCCGAUUCUUACCGAUCCGUUUCUAGCUAUUCGUCAAUAACCCAACAGUGGAAGGAACAGCCCAGCAUGAAUAAACGAAGAUACCGUCUUACUUUAAAUUCAUUAGGAGGUGCUUUGUAUGCAUUUGGCGAUGAGGCUCCUGAGAAAUUUUUCAAAAAUGUUUGGAGUCCAAUACAGAAUUGUGUUCAUAGCGAUCACAUCAAGGUUUCUACUGUAAAAGAUGGCCUAAUCUAUGCUAUUGGCCAGCGUAAGACACAUCCUCAACCUGAUGUAUUUAUGAACAUCUAUCAUCCAGCUGAUAAUUUUUGGAGUUGUCUAAAUGACUUCGCCCUGUCAUCAGGAAUUUCAGGAGUUUGUAACAUCAGUGGUGAAUUAUACUUUGUUCGCUUUGAUGUUCAGCAGAAAAGUUCAAUUAGAAGAAUUGAUCUUGAAAGGAAGUCUUUUAUCAUCGUCUCACAAAAGUUUGAUGAUUGGAGCAAUGUUUGUUUGGUUGCUUAUUAAGUUUUUGUCAUAACAAGUUGCUUAAUCAGGCAGAUAUUUUUUUUAUCAUUGAACUUCUCCAAUAUUUUAUUAAAUCGGAUUUCUUCGCAUACUGAUAUUUAGUCAUUGUUUAGUUUUAAAUCUCAUUCUGACAUUUUGAUUUUUUGUCCAACAUAAAGUGAAACUAAAUUAAGAAAUUAUAAAUAUUCCUAAACCCUUCUUAUUCUUUCUCUUUUCGCAUGUUGUAUUACUGUUGACAAUUUUUAUGCACUAUCAUGUGAUAUAUUUUUUUCUUGUAAUUUUAAGCCUCAAUUUAGUAUGUUUUGAGAAAUUGAUUUAUGUGGCCUCGUAACCGGGCUUAAAACCCCAAAUUUUUUUUCUUUUUACUCCAAUCAUGAUAUCUGCUUCAGAGUGUUUUAUCCCGAAACUUUACUUAGGGGUCAGCUGACCUUGAAGUCUUUCCCGCCCUCUUCCGAUUAUAUUUCAUGAUUAUUGUUUGUUUAUUCUACUGCAAUAUGUAAUGAAAUAUUCGGAAAUAAAUCAUUAUCUAUCUAUCCAAUAUGAAAGUUUUUUAUCAAAUCCUGUAGAACUAUUGAACAAAAAGGAUAGAAACACGAUAACUCCUGGUUUUAUGAUUAUUCCUAUUGUUAUUAUUUCUGUUCAAGAGCUGUCUACUGCAGAAAUGAUUUGACAUAAUGUUUUUAUAACUGAUCAAUAAUACUCUUUACAUUCUAAUAUAUCAUUUACUAACCAUUUUAUGGAAUAUCUGUUUACUUUUAUUUUGCUCAUAAUUUUACUUUGUCUUCUUAUCAUUAUACGCAAACCAAUUUUGUAGCCUACCUUACUUGGCAAGGUUAAAACAAUUUUUUUAACCGUUUUCAUUGCUAUAAGCGCUUGUUAAUAAAGCACAUGUAUCUUUUACAUAAUUUAUUUACUUUCCACCGAUGGUACAUGUAAUUUGAGUCAUGUUUCAGGAGUUAAUUCAAUAAAACAUACAUGUAUAUCAGCUCCAAACAACAUUGAUACAAUCCUUGAGAUUGAUUUAACGAUGUUGCUGAAUUUUAUUAAAACUAUGUUCUUAAGCUUAAUAUGAUUUGUGGUUAUGUUGUCAGAAAUGUUUAACAUUUUUUAAAAUUCUAAAUUUCAUUUACUAUUUCCUAAUUUUAAAUUUAUGUAUUUAAAAUGUACCAGUAGCGCAAUGUAGAUAAUGGAUGCAAUUAUUGGCAUAUGUCACACGAGUUCUCAAACUUUUGUGUUAUGGAUUCAUUGAAAAGUAUGACUAUUAUUUACAGAGCCUCUGAAUAAAUUUGUAAAAUAAAAACAAGGAACGUAUUGUUAAUUAGGUACUGAAUAAUGUCCCUAAAAUUUUAUUUACUCAAAUUCAAACUGCUGAUAAUACGAUUUGUUUAAAUAAGCCUGGUAGCGGUGUUGUAUUCUAUUAUGUCUUGAUUCAUUUUUGACUUGAUGUGAAACAGGUUGUUGUUGUUGUAAUCUGCUAAUUCGCAGAUUUGGAUAUGUUUGGUGCUGUUUUUAGGAUGCUAGGGUUAUUGUGAGGUUUUUUCAUAUUUAUGCCAACAGAGAUGAAAGUUGGCAAGAUGGGUUUUUCAUACAGUGAACAACAGCAUUCCGUCUAGUUACCAGUUUUUCAUUCCAAAUGUUUGGGCGUGGAUGAUGGGGGGAGAUGUUUUUGACCAACGAAACUGCAGUGGCGAGCAAUCACUCAUAGAUAAUCAUGUUCAAGGUUAUUUGAAACUGAAAGCUCACAUUGAAACCAUGAUGUUAGGCUAAGAUUUCUAACUUCGAAUUUUUGAAAACUACAUUGAAAUAAAUUGUCUUAUAUAUAUAGGUUGUUAACAUCAAACACAAAAAGUUUUACAAUGCCAGACCAAACAACAAAUUUGGCAGUUGGCUGAUUGUAAAUGUUGGAAUAUGUUUUCCAUUGCACAACUGAAUUUGUGUAAGGGUUAACAGGUUCGAAUCCCAUUAACAAUUAUGGGUGGGAGCUUUCCAAUAUAAAGUCUAUGCAACUGAAACUAUUGACGGAUUAGGUAAUCCAAUACAAAUUCUCAACUUGCAACAAUAUUCGGAAGGCUAAGGUCCGCCAUAUGAGUUCCCUGAUCAACCUUUCUCUGUCCUCAAUAAGUAGGUAGAACUCCAACUCUACUCUCCAACUCUGGCUAUUUGUACUGAAAUAUUGUCGAGUGCUUUGAGAAUAAUUCACUUACACAUUCGCUUUAUAGAUACAUUCAAAAUACAAUUUAUUUUCAAUUUCAUUUUAGUUUCUUUUUGCCAUGAACUAAACCAGUUUUAAAUUGCUCUAUAUUCUUUUCUUAG